AUGGCUAACCGAAAGAAUGCAAAGAGAGGUAUUGAGAAGGUCAUGGACACAGCGCAGGGACGCCCCCACCUUGAAAGUUACGCAACCAACAAGGCCAUGACUCACCAGGCCAUCAGGCUGCACCUGGGCACAUUUGCCAGGCCAGGUCCAGCUCAAUCUCAGCAAAAGGCUUUGGGCGUCCACGGCCUCGGAACCGAGAUCGAGGCACUUGUCGCUGCCGUCUGGAUUAAUUCACAAUGGAAUGUUGAGGUAGUGAAAAAUGCCAUGAAGCACCUGCACCUUUGUCCUGAACAUGUGUGA